CCUUGAACUGAUAGGUAAUAAACAGAGAAAUAUACUGUACGUUUUGAUUCUGUUAAGUUUGCUAGUCGUAACAUCAACCACUGGUAGUUGGCAUCAACUUGAUGGCAUCGAAUAUUACAUUGACUAUACAGCAGUUAGUGGAAUUGAUAAAGCAAAGGAAGGUUGUAACGCAAUGAACGCCAUUCUAGCUGUUGUUACAUCUCAACGAAUUCAAGAUUUUAUUGAAAGCAGCUUUAAUGCAGCAGAGCUGACAGGUGGAUCGUAUUACUCUAACUUCUACAUCGGAUUAACUCGGGUUAAUUCAACUACAUUUCAAUGGCCGGAUGGUACUUUCGUAAAACUAAACUAUGUUUGUGAAAUGAUGAUAAAUUCUCGCUACUCUUAUUCAAGCUGUGUUGCAAUUGUUUGGAGUGGCGUCUCGGACUUUACAUGGUAUGCUGAGUAUUGUUAUUCCUACUAUGGUUACAUUUGCCAGAGAAGAAUUAACACCACGACAGCUUUUAGAAAAUAUAAGAAAAACCAUGAAACCCAAUCUAAAACUACAGAUAACUUGAAAAACUGCAAGACACCAUCGUGGGUUAUCCCUGUCAUCGCAAUACUAUCUGCAACUGUCGUAUCCAUGCUAGCACUUGUGCUGUACUUGUGGAAAAGUCGAUUAAAGCCCACGGUUCCCAAUUCUGACGUCAAAGUUAACAUGCACGUGACUCAAGAAUCCUCGUAUGCUGAUCCGAUUGCAAUUACAACUGUUUCUCAACCAGAGUACGAAGACAUAAAUGAACCAGAAGCAGUAUACGAAGAAUUUGACGACAAAUAAGGGAUAUAGUAGGGUGGGGUAAAAUGAGACACCUUAUCAUUUAUUUUCUCGUCCCAUUUUGUAGUAAACAAAGGAAAUA